AUGCACCCCCUGCCCCCCGACAGGGCCAGCGGAGGCGGAGGCGAGUCGCAGCGGAACGAGAGCGCAGGAGUCCCGGAGCAGGAGAACCCGGUGGCGGCCGAGCCGGAGCCGGAGCCGGAACUGCAGUGGGUGGACCUGGCCUCCGAAGGAGCCCCGGCCCGCAAGGACGCGGGGGCCGCGGCGCCCUUGCUGCGGGCCGUGUGGCGGGGACCCGUGGGCCGAGUGACCCAGCUGCUGCGCCAGGGAGCCGACGUGGAGUGCAGGGACGCCGCGGGCCGCACGCCGCUGCACCUGGCAGUGCUGCGCGGCCACGCGGGGCUCGUACGGCUGCUGCUGCGGCGCGGGGCUCUCGCAGGCGCCCGGGACGGCGCGGGCCGCGCGGCGCUGCAUGCGGCCGCCUGGCCCUGCGCUGCGCGGCCAGCCGAGCUGCUGCUGGCGCGCGGGGCCCCGGUGGACGCGCGCGCGCGGGGCGGCCUCUCGCCGCUGCACUGGGCGGCCGCACUGGGCCGCACGCUGCUAGCCGGCCGCCUGCUGGCCGCGCCCGACGCCGACGCCCGCGCAGCAGACGCGCGCGGCUGGACGGCGGCGCACUGGGCAGCGGCGGGCGGGCGGCUGCCGGUGCUCGAGCUGCUGGUGGCGGCCGGCGUGGCCGACCUGGACGGGGCCCUGCUCGUGGCGGCCGCGGCAGGCCGCGGUGCCGCGCUGCGCCUGCUACUGGCCAGCGCGCGGCCGGACGCGCGGGACGCCGCGGGGGCGUCGGUGCUCGGCGUGGCGGCUAGCGCGGGCCACCUGCAGGACAUGGAGGUGCUUCUUGACCAUGGUGCUGACCCAAGUCUCCGGGACAAGCAUGGCCGCUCUGCCCUGCACAGGGCAGCUGCUCGCGGACACCUGCUGGCCGCUCAGCUGCUGGCCACCUGGGGCGCCGAGGUGGAUGCCCAGGACGCACUGGGCCUCACGCCCUUGCACCAUGCAGCUCGUGGUGGCCACGUGGAAGUGGCCAGGCACCUUCUGGACAAGGGCGCCCAAGUGGACACCGAGGGGCGGCUUCACACCACGGCACUGCACCUGGCCAUGGAGCAGGGGCAUGGCCACGUUGUCGAGCUCCUACUGGGUCGAGGGGCCAGCCCAGCCCCGAGCCUUCCAUGGGCCGGCGGGGUGGGCGCGUGCGCGGCACCCCGGAAGUUCUCUGAGGUCGCGGGCCGCGCGCUGCUGCGCCGUCGCGUCCACUUUGCGCCCCGGUAG